CGCGGCGGCGGCGGCGGCAGUGGCGGCGUUGGUCUUGGUUGUGGCCAGGGGAAGUGAAUGGUUUUACCCAGAGGGCCCUGCGCCGCUUUUCUCCGCUGGCACCGGCGCUGCUCCCUGCUCCUCCUCCCCAGCCAUGGCGUUCACGUUCGCGGCCUUCUGCUACAUGCUGGCGCUGCUGCUCACCGCCGCCCUCAUCUUCUUCGCCAUCUGGCACAUUAUAGCAUUUGAUGAGCUGAAGACUGAUUACAAGAAUCCUAUAGACCAGUGUAAUACCCUGAAUCCUCUUGUACUUCCAGAGUACCUCAUCCAUGCUUUCUUCUGUGUCAUGUUUCUUUGUGCAGCAGAGUGGCUUACACUGGCUCUUAAUAUGCCCCUCUUGGCAUAUCAUAUUUGGAGGUAUAUGAGUAGACCAGUGAUGAGUGGACCAGGACUCUAUGACCCUACAACCAUCAUGAAUGCAGAUAUUCUAGCAUAUUGUCAGAAAGAAGGAUGGUGCAAAUUAGCUUUUUAUCUUCUAGCGUUUUUUUACUACCUAUACGGCAUGAUCUAUGUUUUGGUGAGCUCUUAGAACUACACACAGAAGAAUUGGUCCAGUCAAGUGCAUGCAAAAAGCCGCCAAACGAAGGGAUUCUAUCCAGCAAGAUCCUGUUUCCAAGAGUAGCCUAUGGAAUCUGAUCAGUUACUUUACAAAAUGACUCCUUAUUUUUUAAAUGUUUCCACAUUUUUUGCUUGUGGAAAGACUUUUCAUAUGUUAUACUCGGAUAAAGAAUUUAAAUGGAAUUAUGUAUAAAUUAAUAUAAAAUGAUUACCUCUGGUGUUGACAGGUUUGAACUUGCACUCCUUAAGGAACAGCCAUAAUCCCUUGAAUGAUUGCAUUAAUUAUUGACUGACCUUAGUCCAUUGGAAGUUUUUGUUUGUAGGAACUUGUAGGGCCAUUUGGUUUUACUGAAAUGCCAUCGAAUUAUAAAUUAGCUGUAGAUAUCAGGUGCUUCUGAUGAACUGAAAAUAUAUAUCUGACCUGUGGGAAACUUCAUGGGUUUCCUCAUCUAUCAUGUAGAUGAUUAUAUAUAUGGAUACACUAAAAAAAAUAAGAAUGGGAUGUUUUUCUUUGACUUGAAUAUUAUCCCUGUAUAUUGCAUGAAUGAGAGAUUGCCCGUAUUUCCAUCAGAAUAAUAUACUUGCUUUAAUUCUUAAGCAUAAGUGAACAUGAUAUAAAAACAUAUGCUGAAUUACUUAUGAAGAAUGCAUUUAAAGCUAUUUUAAAUGUGUUUUAAUUUGUAAGACAUUACUUAUUAAGAAAUUAUUAUAUUUACUGUUCUAAUUUGGUGGUAAAGGUAUUCUUAAGAAUUUGCAAGUACUUUAGAUUUACAAAACUGAAUGAACAAGAACAUUGUAUAACCAUCCUGCUGUUCCUUUAGUGCAAUACAAUAAAACUCUGAAAUUAAGACU